GUGGCAGCAAUGCACUAGAUAACCGGUUUACCACACGCCAUAAACCCCCAGAAGAAAACAUCUACAGGACCGGACUUUGCAGCUUGUACAUCACCAUGUUUACACCAGUAAGGUUGGCCCAUCUGGUAGCAGUGCAGCUAGCUUCACUUCCAGUGCCAGCUUGUCGCCACGCCAGUCGCAAUGCCAGGGCAUGGAUGGGCUCUGGAAUGACUACAAGUAAUUUCAAGCCAAAAAGCAGACGCACAGAGCAGCUUGAUAUUUCCGAAGAGAACCUUGACAUGGACGAAGUGGAAGCUGAACUGAAGUCGAUUGUAAAAGUGGGCAAGAAAAAGGAAAAAGCUGCUAAAUUUCACAAGAUCAGGCGGCAGCUGAGCAGCCCUGGAGCACCAGAGAGAAGAUUAAGCUGGGAUGCAAUUCAGCAAAUCAAAUACCUUAAGCAGGAAUCACCACAAGAAUGGACGUUGCAGAGAUUGGCAGAAGGUUUCUCUGUUAGCACUGAUGUCAUCUCCAGAGUCCUUCGCAGCAAGUUCACCCCACCUCCAGAGAGACAGAUUGAACAGGACACCAAGGUGUUAGCCACUGUCAGACAGCUCUCUCCCAGGGACAGUGUAACAGCUCGAGUACAAAAGGGACAGUCAAGUCUUCCUCUGCCUGACAGCACUUUACCGGCCAGGAUUUCCUCAGGGAACACGAGUUCUGUUACUGCCCUGACCAGUGGAGCACUAGUACCCAUGGAGGGGGAGAAAGGACUAAUUCUUUCUGAUGAUAAUGUUACAGCAGUGACAAAAAGGGCAGCCCAGGUAUCAGUCAUGACUCAAAGCAAAUCACAGGAACAGCCCGAGGUACAUGAGGACACAAAUGUUGAAGAGACAAGCGAUUUACAGGUGCAGGAGGAAGAGAAAUGGGAUGGAGAGGUUCUUACAGAGGAACAACUGGAGGAACUUGUCCACACGUUGCAGAACAAACCCAGCGUAGUCGAACAGAAGGGCAGGGACUUUUAUGACUCUGAUGGCAACUUUCUGUACAGAAUCUGAGGCUUUAAUCUGCUCAUCACUUCAUAAAUUAGUUGGGGUGUAGCACCAAAUUGUCUACAAAUGGACAAAAUACAGUUGCUACAGUGCCUAGACACGAGUGGGCUGCAUAGAUCACACAAUGAGGACAACAUGCAGCACUGGUGGAAAAGAUCCAGAGGGUAAUGGCAAAGGUGAGGAGAAAUUUAAGAUGACUAACUAGCAGCUACAGGAAAUACUGUUGCUGCUAAAUGUAAUAAACCUUUUUGAUACUAUAUUCUGGACUAUGCAUAAUUAUUCAGCAAGUUCAAUA